UCCGCAGCGCGGCGCAUGAUGGCGGCGGCGGCGAGCAGCGCCGGGAGCAGCAGCAGCGAUACCUCCAGCACCGGCGAGGAGGAGAGGAUGAGGCGCCUCUUCCAGACCUGCGACGGUGACGGCGACGGCUACAUCAGCAGGAAUGACUUGCUGAUGGUUUGCCGCCAACUGAACAUGGAGGAGUCUGUUGCUGAGAUCAUGCACCAGCUGGGAGCAGAUGAAAGUGGAAAGAUUUCCUUUCAGGAUUUUAGUCAAUGCCGCAUGCAACUGGUGCGAGAAAUCAGGAAAGAGGAAGUGGAGCUUUCUGUGAAAUCAGAUGACUCUUGCAAAAAGAAAAAUUUAAGGGAUAGGAUGGCCUCCUGGCCAACUAGCAGCGAUAACAGUUUAGGUGCCCUAUCAGGAGCCAAAGAAAGCUGGGAAUACGAUUCAGGAGCAAGAGACCUUCAGAGUCCUGACAUCCAGAGUCACUUAACCCUACAAAGGCUGUUAGCAUAUGGUGGAAGCAAUGCCAUACAACAGGCUGCUCUGCAGAGACUUCAAUCUCAGACCUCAAAUCUUAGCAGCUCUGUUGGAGGAAGUUUUUUAGAACUCGCCAACACUCUCCAUUUAGCAGCCCUGGCAUCAUUAAAGGGAGACAUAGUGGAGCUUAAUAAACGUCUCCAACAAACAGAAAGGGAACGUGACCUGUUGGAAAAGAAGUUGGCGAAAGCACAGUGUGAACAAUCCCACCUGAUGAGAGAGCACGAAGACGUGCAGGAGCGAACAACACUGCGCUACGAGGAGCGAAUCACAGAGCUGCACAGUAUCAUUGCUGAGUUGAAUAAAAAGAUUGAUCGACUACAAGGAGCAACAAUAAGGGAGGAAGAUGAGUAUUCGGAGCUGCGGUCAGAGCUCAGCCAAAGCCAGCACGAGAUCAACGACGACUCGCGCAGCAUGGAUCAGAAUUCAGUUUCGGUACCGGAGAACCAGUCCACUGUGGUCACUGCAGACGUGGAUAACUGCAGUGACUUGAAUUCAGAACUGCAAAGAGUGCUGACAGGGCUGGAAAAUGUUGUCUGCGGGAGGAAGAAGAGCAGCUGCAGUUUAUCUGUAGCAGAAGUGGAUAGACAUAUUGAACAACUCACCACUGCCAGUGAACAUUGUGAUCUAGCCAUUAAGACAGUAGAAGAAAUCGAGGGUGUACUGGGACGGGACCUGUAUCCAAAUCUAUCUGAGGAGAGAUCUCGAUGGGAGAAGGAGCUUGCUGGCCUGCGGGAAGAGAACGAGAGCCUCACAGCCAUGCUGUGCAGCAAAGAGGAAGAGCUGAAUAGGACCAAGGCCACCAUGAACGCCAUCCGUGAAGAAAGGGACAGGCUGCGCAGAAGGGUUCGGGAACUGCAAACACGUUUGCAAAGUGUGCAGGCAACAGGUCCAUCCAGCCCGAGUCGUCUCACCUCUGCAAACCGACCCGUUAACCCUAGUACUGGAGAACUGAGCACAAGCAGCAGUAGCAAUGACAUUCCCAUAGCCAAGAUUGCUGAAAGAGUGAAGUUGUCAAAGACAAGAUCAGAGUCUUCAUCGUCUGACAGACCUGUCCUAGGAUCAGAAAUCAGCAGCAUAGGAGUGUCUAGCAGUGUGGCUGAACACUUGGCACAUUCCCUCCAAGACUGCUCAAAUAUCCAAGAAAUCUUUCAAACACUAUAUUCCCACGGAUCUGCUAUCUCUGAAAGUAAAAUCCGAGAGUUUGAAGUGGAGACAGAAAGAUUAAACAGUCGUAUUGAACACUUGAAAUCCCAGAAUGACUUGUUGACAAUAACUCUGGAGGAGUGCAAGAGCAAUGCCGAGCGGAUGAGCAUGCUUGUUGGGAAGUACGAGUCUAAUGCCACAGCCCUCAGGCUUGCGCUUCAAUACAGUGAACAGUGUAUAGAAGCAUAUGAACUGCUGUUGGCGUUGGCAGAAAGCGAGCAGAGUCUCAUUCUUGGGCAAUUCAGAGCUGCAGGUGUUGGUUCUGUUGGGGACCAAACAGGUGAUGAAAACAUUACCCAGAUGCUUAAGAGAGCUCAUGACUGCAGGAAGACAGCUGAGAAUGCAGCGAAAGCCUUGCUGAUGAAACUUGAUGGGAGCUGCGGGGGAGCCUAUGCAAUCGCUGGCUGCAGCGUGCAACCCUGGGAAAGCCUGUCAUCCAACAGCCAUACCAGUACUACCAGCUCAACUGCAAGCAGUUGUGAUACAGAGUUCACCAAGGAGGAUGAGCAGCGGUUGAAGGAUUAUAUACAGCAGCUGAAGAAUGACAGGGCAGCAGUGAAGCUUACCAUGCUGGAGCUGGAGAGCAUCCACAUUGAUCCCCUCAGUUAUGAUGUUAAACCUCGUGGAGACAGCCAAAGGCUAGACCUGGAAAAUGCAGUCUUGAUGCAGGAGCUUAUGGCAAUGAAGGAGGAGAUGGCAGAGCUGAAGGCUCAGCUGUAUCUGCUAGAGAAAGAGAAGAAGGCUUUGGAAUUGAAACUGAGCACCCGAGAAGCCCAGGAACAGGCCUAUCUUGUCCACAUUGAGCACUUGAAGUCUGAAGUAGAGGAGCAAAAAGAGCAAAGAAUGAGGUCUCUAAGUUCUACGAGCAGUGGCAGCAAAGACAAAUUGGGCAAGGAAAGCAGCGACGGUGCCGCGACGCCGCUGGCCUUGGCCGAGCUGCGGCCGUGCAGCGAGAGCAGCGACGUGGCGGCAGAGCUGGCGAGCGCGCUGAGGCGGGAGAAGAAGCUGAAAGCCCGGGUGCAGGAGCUGGUGAGCGCGCUGGAGAGGCUCACCAAGAGCAGCGAAAUCCGGCACCAGCAGUCGGCAGAGUUCGUCAACGACCUCAAAAGGGCCAACAGUAACUUGGUAGCUGCUUACGAAAAAGCAAAGAAAAAGCAUCAGAACAAGCUGAAGAAACUGGAAUCACAAAUGAUGGCCAUGGUUGAGAGACACGAAACUCAAGUGCGGAUGCUGAAACAGCGGAUAGCGCUGCUGGAGGAGGAGAACUCUCGCCCUCACACCAACGAAACGUCGCUUUGAACGCCCCGUCCGAGGGGCCGGUGCCAUCACAAGUCUGUGUCUUUUGGAAGCUCUUUUUGAGGUAGCUUCAAACUCUAAAGCUCGAUCCUUGACACAGACGCAGUCCACAGCAUCACUAGGAUCGCAGCUUUGCAGAUAGGAGUUAUGGGGAAAAUUUACUUAAGCAUUAAGCAAAGACUCUUUAAUACUGUAAAUGGACAGUGCCUGAAUUACCAUGCCAUGAACAUGCACGUUGCCUCUCUCGUUAGGUUUGCACGCACACGGGUUCUCUUCCAGCUUAUGCCCCAGGGGCAGCAGCGUGGCCUAACAAGGGAAUACGUGUGAAGAGGUUUUACUUCCUUGGAGCAGUUGGGGAUUGCAGGAGUGCUCUGGUUAUCGGGGAGCGCCCGGGGCUCCCCCGUUCCCUGUGUGGCGCUCAAGCCUCACGCGGCUCCCGAGCGGCUGCCUGGGGGACGGGGGCGCGUCUCGGCGCGGGCGGCUGCGGUGGCGCUUGCACCGCGACUGCACUUACUCAUGGAGCAGAUCCCAUGGGAAAGGCGCUCGUGUGGCUACAACAAGCAGCCCGCGGCACCGCGGACACUGUGAUGCAUUAACGUGGUUCUUGGUCCCUGAGGGGGCUCGGGGCCGGGGGUUCCGCCGUGCCAGACGUUCCAUGCCAAGGUCGUGUCAGGAAUUGCAGGAAAGCUCCUGACACCGCAUGCCGAAUGCAAUGAGACAGCUAGAUAUUUCUUACUAGUACUAUAUAGCCAAGGUAAUUAAGAGGCUGGGCCAUUUUUUUUUCACGAGUAUAGUUUUAUUGCCGCUUUCUAUGAUCAAGAGAUAGAAUGUCUUUUUUCUUUUAAUAUGCUUUUGACCAAAUAAAAAAGGUACUUAUUUAGAGGAAUGUACCUGUUCAAUAUUAAAUACAUAUGCACAAGACUGUAUCAGUGUAUAUGUAUGGAUGUGCAACCACAAACAGAAUGUGAAUGGUUAUGUCUUCAUAGGGCUCCUUAGGCUAACUUUUCUUACUCUUGUUAACGUUCUUUCCUAAGUCACAUCGCCCUGGUGCCCAACCCAGGUAAACGACCUGAAGUCUUUGAGCUGCAGUAGAACGAAGGCCGAGCAAAGCACAGACGGGCUGGGGAAGCGGAGUCCGGCACGAGGGCAGCUCCACGCGGGGCUGUCCUCACGGCAGCGCCGCCGUGAGCCCCUGCGGGCCGCGGGCACAGCGCAGCGGCCCUGCCCCGCUGCUCCCUUACUGCUCCCCUCGGCAUUCUGCAGGCUUUGCUUUCUCCAGGAAAUCCACCUUAGGAGCCAGCUCUCCUUCCCAUCCAAGAUACGACUUGUUUUACACUGGGCUGCACCUCUAGGAUUAAUGAGACAGUCUUUCACCUGUUACUGUAGUUUCCAGCACUGAAAAAAUUAUGUAUUUUUGCUAGGACUUGAGCUGGCUUUGUGUAGCCCUGUGUUAGGCCAGGCAGCCACGGCAGUUGUGGGGCUCGUGGUCAGUGCUUAAGCCUCGCUAACAGCCGGCACCCCCUGCUUGGUGCUCUCGUUACUGAGGCUGCCGCCCUCUCCUUCCCCUACAGCCGACUUAGGCGAUACCAUUCUGGUGUCCAGUACAUCCAGCUACAACGUCAGCACUGGGAAGGGCUGAUUGCAGGAGUGCUCCUUAUGACUGUGCUGGUUUCCAAAUAAGCUCUAGGUGGUCAGAUGCCUUUAAGUUGGUUUUGCUCAGUCCUCUUUAUUAAGAAGAUAAUUGUAUGAUUUCCACUUAAUUGUAAUUCUUGCUAAAAUGUAAAUGGAAAUUUUUGUAAAGCAGACUGUUGAGGCACUGAGAGGUGUCCGCUUUGCCCAUGUCUACUUCAGCGGUAGCUGGUUGCGCUUGUUUCUCCAGAAACAUGAAGAGCCCCGUGUGCUCUGGUAAAAAUGCAAUCACCGUUCUGCCUGCUCUUACCUGGAACAAGGAACUGGAGGUCAUCUCAAACUCUCAGUGUGAAAUAUUUCACCUAAGGUAGCUAGAAACCGUUGUUGCACUGGAUUUCC